AUGAAACAUUGGAAGAGCUUCAUAGAGAGUAUAAUUGUAGGCUGUGAUGACGGUAACGUAAUUAUGUCGGUUGCCGAGACGGUGCCGCUACGUGCGCGCUCGCCCACAACCCAGAAGACGCAACCAGCUAGUGUUCCUAAGGAGAAGCACACAGUCCACUGGUUCAGGAAGGGUCUCAGGUUACACGAUAACCCGGCCCUGAGAGAGGGGCUCGUUGACGCGACAACUUUCAGAUGCGUCUUCAUCAUAGACCCGUGGUUCGCGAGCUCAUCUAACGUCGGCAUUAAUAAAUGGAGAUUUCUAUUGCAAUGUCUAGAGGAUUUGGACAAGAAUUUGAGGAAAUUAAAUUCCCGUUUAUUCGUGGUGAGAGGUCAGCCGGCAGAUGCUUUGCCGAAGUUGUUUCGAGAGUGGGGAACGACUGCGCUGACCUUCGAAGAAGACCCUGAGCCUUAUGGCCGGGUACGGGAUCAUAAUAUCAUGACCAAAUGCCGCGAAGUCGGUAUUCAAGUAAUUUCAAGAGUAUCGCACACGUUGUACAAAUUAGACGAUAUAAUAGAGAAGAAUGGUGGUAAGGCGCCGUUGACCUACCAUCAGUUCCAAGCGCUGAUAGCGAGCAUGCCCCCACCACCGUCCGCUGAACCUACCAUUACCUUGGAGACACUGAAUCGCGCCGUUACACCUAUCUCGGAUAACCAUGACGAAAGAUUUGGAGUACCAACACUCGAAGAACUCGGUUUCGAUACGGAAGGACUUAAACCUCCGAUAUGGAUUGGUGGAGAAAAUGAGGCUUUAUUGAGACUAGAACGACAUUUGGAGAGAAAGGCUUGGGUUGCCUCGUUCGGAAGACCAAAGAUGACGCCAGAAUCACUUUUGUCGAGUCAAACGGGCUUAUCUCCUUAUCUAAGAUUUGGUUGUCUAUCAACGAGACUUUUCUAUUAUCAACUGAGCGAGCUCUAUAAAAGGAUAAAACAAGAACGGCCGCCGUUGUCGCUUCACGGUCAGAUACUAUGGAGGGAAUUUUUCUAUUGCGCUGCAACAAGAAAUCCUAAUUUCGACAGAAUGGAGGGUAAUCCGAUAUGUGUCCAAAUACCGUGGGAAAAAAAUCAGGAGGCUCUCAAGAAAUGGGCGAACGGUCAGACUGGAUUCCCGUGGAUCGACGCUAUAAUGAUCCAGCUUCGCAAUGACGGUUGGAUCCAUCACCUGGCGAGACACGCGGUCGCUUGUUUCCUCACGAGGGGGGAUCUUUGGAUCUCGUGGGAAGAAGGCAUGAAGGUGUUCGACGAGCUGCUCCUGGACGCCGACUGGUCUGUGAACGCUGGUAUGUGGAUGUGGCUCUCAUGCUCAUCUUUCUUCCAGCAGUUCUUCCACUGCUACUGUCCAGUGCGAUUCGGAAGAAAAACUGACCCCAACGGAGAUUUUAUUAGGCACUACAUCCCAGUCCUUAAAAACAUGCCAACGCGAUACAUCCAUGAGCCAUGGGUAUGUCCGGAGGAAAUUCAAAAAUCUAUUCGUUGCAUAAUAGGAAAGGAUUACCCAAUGCCUAUUGUUGACCACACUAAGGCGUCGGAGAUUAACCUUGAGCGCAUCAAACAGGUGUACGCACAACUAGCCAAGUUUAAACCUCAAGGUGCACUAAUUCCGCAAAUGUUGCAAAGACCGAAUGUGUUGCAGUCAUCACCCAGUCCAACAUCUAUAAUUGCAAAUAUAAAUCAGUCUAACUACCUGUGCAGUCAGAAUAAUGAUGUGCCGACUCCCACUAAUCAAACAACAAAUCAAUUCAAAGAAGAUGCUGUAUUCCUUAAGCCCACAGUGAAUAACAUAAAAUCAAAUGUUGAUAAACAGCAACAGUUCAAACAAGUUGUUAUUGUACAGGAGGAUAAGCAUGCAGAAAAUCAACGACAUUCAGUCGAUAAUAAGUACAUUGUAAAUGAAAUAAAUAAAAAUAUCAAUGAUAUACCUGUCAAACAAAACAAUUAUGAUUUCAAGGCUCUGACGUUAAAUUUGAAUAAAUUUUCAAAUGAGCCAUUAACUUUUUUGAAUCAGACACCAAAUAAAAAUGAAAGUUUUGGCCAAGAUGUUAAUAAUGUGAUAGAUGUGUAUAGUACCAGCAAACCAAAGUUUUACUUCACAGAAAAUGGAGUUAUAACUCAUAAUGAUAAUGCACAAACUUUUAAAAGGGAUAGUUAUUCAGAUAAUUAUAAUAAGGAGAGUACCGAGUCUAACAGAGUUAGUGAGGUACACAGUAACCCACAAACAGAUAAGAUCUCAUCAGAAAAGAAAAAUUAA